AUGGGCAUUCUACGCAUCUACAAGUGCACCACCGUCAACAUUAUUAAUUGCCAUGCGCCAAAGUUAACAGCAACCGACGGAGAAAAAGACGACUUUUACAAGGAAAUGGAGGAGGUUACAAAGAACGAGCGUUCAUACCACAAAACAGUUGUUGGAGCCUCCAACGCAAUCAUCCACGAGGAAAGACCGGAUAUACCACGCACUGGACCACUUAGGAUCGGAGAAGCGAACGGAAACGGAGAGCGAAUGAUAGAUAGAUAG